AGCGGUGGUGAUAACAAGUGUUCGCGAUAACAAUUGUGAUCAGUGCAACUGUUUAUAUUUUACUUCAUAGUGAAAUUAAUAGUGUAGUAAAUCUAUACUUUGAAAAUAAUUUAUUUACUUUAAAGUAAAUUAAAUUACAGUGAUAUUAACAAUGGAAACCGAUAACUUAACGAAACAAAACGAAGAGAUAGAGGCGUUAGGCGCUAUUUACGGAGACGAUUGGAUUGUGGAGUGUGAUAAAACGAGAUCGUAUUGCAUAAAAAUAACAGAAAAGAAAUAUGAAGUGGUGUUAUAUGUGACAAUGCCAGAAGAUUACCCUUCACAGUCUCCUGCGAAUUAUGAAUUAUCUGCUCCAUGGAUGGACAGACAAGAAAAAAUAGCACUUCACCAAGCUUUGGACGAAAUAUAUUUAGAGAAUGUAGGAGAAUGUGUAGUGUUCCAAUGGGUAGAAAAAAUAAGAGAAGUUCUACAAACCAUCAAACCAGCCAAAAGAGAAGCUAACAGAAAAAAGGAUAGAUCUAAAUCUAAGUCACCUCCUACACUACAGCCAACACAGGCAGAAAAUGAGGUUCCUGAAAUAAUACAUGGUGAAGUGAUAGUUGAUAGAAAAAGCAUUUUCCAAGGCCAUGCUGCAGAAGUACAUUCAGUUGAAGAUGUGAACGCGGUCCUGGCAAGACUGAAGAUGAACAAGAAGAUAUCUAAUGCGACUCACAAUAUGUACGCUUACCGUAUCGAAAGGAAGACUAAUAAAGGUGCCAGCAUCUUACAAGAUUGUGAUGACGACGGCGAGGCGCACGCUGGCGGUAGAAUGUUACAUUUACUUCAGAUUCUGGACCAGAAGAACACCCUUGUUGUAGUGUCCCGCUGGUAUGGUGGCAUUCAACUAGGACCUGACCGAUUUAGGCACAUCAACAAUGCAACUAGACAAGCUAUUCAACAAGCAGGACUCUUAAAGAAAUGACAUUCAGCUUAACAAUUAAAUAUAAGGUAUGUGAUAAAUAUUGUGUAUUAUAUAGUGUUUGAGAAUAGAUGAAAGACUUGUUGAGUUGAGUUGUCUGGUUCUGGCCAUAAAACUGA